AGGUCGAUGCAUUUCAUGGCGCCUGUUACAUAGUAUCUUCACGGACACUUUCUGCUGGCACGGCCGGAAGCGAAACAUCAAGUCUUGAACGCUUACAGUGAUCCUCACUUACGAGGUCAAUGAUGCCAGACAGAUCGCCGCCCACAUCGUCACCAACGUGCGCGUGACGGACUUGGCGCGGAAUCUGACACGCUUCAACGCGUUCUCGGCACGCCAAGCAGACUGUCUCGAGUAUGCUAUGAUUGUCAACCUCGCGUUUCGUCCAGCCUUGGGCGACGCCCUGGCUGAUGCGCUCUUGGCUGAAGUACAGGCAGCCCUCGCAGUGGCGGUCGAAGACCCGGGUGCCUACAGUGGCGCCGGGAACAAGUACGACAUCGCGGUCGCUCGUCAAGAAGCUAUUCGCGAGGCCUGGAGACAGCAAGGAGAACUUGAUGCCCACUUCCCGACGACCAGUCGGACCAAUCUCCAGGAAAAGAUCUCCGCCGAAUGCCGCCGGCUACUCGCAGACUUUCGCCGGGAAGGAGCGGAAGAGACCCCUGCAGGCGCCAUUCUGGCUGCUGUCGAUCUUGAGCGGGCACAAGCGCCGGAGCCCGAUGGCCGAGCCGCAGAGGAGAUUCAUGAGCACGACGACGGCCAGCAAGAAGUGGACGAAAGGCCUGAUGAGGUUGCAGACGCCCCGCUGCCCCACGAUCGGGCGCUGAUCGCACCGGACUGGGAAGUGACAGUCCGCAAUCUUGCCAGCAUCGCGGCGGAAAUCGCUCAAGAAUUGGGCGUGGCACCUCUGCCACUGCGGGACGGCUGUGUACUUACGCGCUUGCCGUUCGUCCCUCCCGACUGGAGUGACCAAACGACGCCCCGGGACGCACGUCAGGCAAAUGACCUGAGUGACCUGUGCGAUGCACUGAAGCAAGCACCUCGACCGCCCCCGCAAGAUCCUCAUUCGUGCGCCCCACCACCAGGCUUCUUGAACGAUGCCGCCAGGCAUGCACGCAGCGCAGGUACGUUGUACCUUGCUUGGGUCCGGCUCGCUUUUCUGGGUCAGUUGGACAGAUGUCGGGUGACUGGACUUCCGCUUCGAUGGGCCGCGGCAACUUGUACAAGCCGAGAUCCGCUUCGAGUCACAAAAGUCGCCCAUCUUGUCCAUGAUUUGCCCAUCAGUCAUGGCUUCUCCGUACAAUGGCCCACCUCUCUUCGGCAGUUCGACUACGGUCGAUGGAACGUGUCCGUCGAAUCUUGGUUCGGCAACUGCUGGCUAAAGACGCAUCGUCCAGCCUCCUUAGCAGCAACGUUGAGCCGCCGAACAGAGUCGUUGGUUCAAGCCACUGCUCUGAUGGAGUUUGCCGCUCUGGACGAAGAAGAAAGAGAGGAGGUCGUCCAGUAUUGCCGAUCGGGGCUCGCGUUGCCAGCGUCCUUCGCACAUAAUUAUCUACUGCCGGGUUAACAGGUCUAUUGGGUACGAAGGGCAGAUCACCCGGUCUCGCAGGUACAGCCUCAAAAGAGAGAGGUAGAAGGAGUAGCGGACCUCCAGAUGGAGGAUACUCAUACUGAGGUACUGAUAAGGAGCCAAGUCCUCUUUCACACCGCGGACGUUAUUCCGUUGAUAUAUGCAACGCCCUCUCAUACA